UAGUUUUUUAUUCUGUUUGUUUGCGGAGGAAACAGAGGACAAGAUAGAUUCUUCUGCGGACGAUCAUAUUUUCUUUCUUCUUCCUCCGGUUUCUCAGCGAGGGAGAAAACCUCAGAAGAUUAAUCGAUCCAGCCAUAUUCUUUGAGCUCAAACUAACGCUGAUUUUGGUUAGGUGAUAGAGGAGAUGGUGAAACCUAGUAAAGAAACAAAUCAGGAGUACGAUCAGGAGGAAGUAGAAGACGGCCGCUGUAAUCGGACACCGAAGAUGGCAGAACACCGUAAAGAAAGGAUGGAGGAAAACGCAGAAGAUGAGCACCUAGAGGGAGAGGAUAGCGCAAAAAUAGUGGAACCUUGUGUUGGAAGAAAUCAAGAAGAUGAUGGGGUUGAGGACGAGGAAGAAGACGAAGAGGAGGAGGACGACUUGAGUUAUACAGAGCCGUCGAACACAUCUUCUCUUGUUGAGCUAAACCUACUGAUUGUGGUUCUUUCGUUGUUUUCUGCAUCCACUGAAGAAAGCUUGAAUGGUGAAGAGAGAACCAAGGUUAGAAGCCCCAAAAACCAUGAAGAAAAGGUGGCCGCAUCAAGAUUACAACCUCGAAGAAGGGAAAUGAACGAAUUCAAAGUUGUGGGACGACAAACACCACGUAUGCGGUUUCAGACAACGAUCAAGGAUUCCCGGCAUUGCAGAAGGAUGUGAAGAACGUGGUAAAUACACGAAUGACCAUGGAAAGAAGGCAGGCCAUGGGUGUUGCUAAAAAUUCUAGGAUGCCUAGUAUGUAUUCUUAUACUAUUUUCGGGAAUUUUUGUUAGUAUUACCAUAUCACCUACAAUCGAAAGAAAGAAAGAAAGAAAAGUACAGUGUUAAUUUGUAUCGCUUGAUCUAUAAACCUUACUCGGAUACAAUUCUCUUGUAACACAUCUGGAGAUGAAAAGAAUCACCAAAGAAUUAUUAUGCUCAA